AUGAAGCUCGCCGUCAUCAUCGUUGCCGCCUUUCUCGGAGCGGUCCCUGCACUCGCCAAUCAUCGGCUCUUCUGCGAGGAUGGGGACGACACUAUUGUGACUGAUCUUUGCGACUACCACAAGAUCCCAAGGGUCCCAAACUCUACUGGAACCUGCUGUGCUACCGACGAUCAAGAAGACACCUUCAAGAGCAUCUGCGAUGGUUACAGCUGGGAUGUCCGGGAGGCUCCGGAAGUCAUUCAUCAUCGGGCUCAGCGGCAACAGGUUUCCGAGACGAUGCUGCUACCUGGCACGCAUGCGAAUGACUGGAAGACGCACAUGCCAGCGGGCGAGGGCGUGCUAGCGAGGGUGGAGCUCGUAGUGCUGGAUGUGGUGUCAGAAGUCGUUGUGGAAGGCGAUGUGGUGGCUUCCGUGCUUUGCACGGCCAGACUGCUUGUCGUGGAGGCUGUGGUUGCUGCGGAGGACGAGGUACUGCUGUUUAUUGGCUCCGCACUGGCUGAAGUGGAGAUAGAUGUGCAUUGGCUGGCCGAAGUUGAGGCAGGUGUGGACGAUGUGCUGGUGUCAACUGUUGAAGAUGAGGACGAUUUGGUCGAGCUUCCGGCGGCAGUCGAAGCGCUGGCAGCAAGACUGGUAGAUGAGCCUGGAGUGUUGGAAUCAACUCGCACAGAUGUCGUCGAGGCUGCGGAGAUCAAGGUCGUAGAAGUUGAAGUCCGAGUAGAGGACGUUGUGGACGAGGUGGCGACCCCGGAUGUGGUCAAGCUAGCGCUUGAAGUGCUUGUCGAAAGUCGGCUGGCCGAGAUCGUCGUCGACGAGGAUCUUGGGGUGGUUGACAACGUUGACGAGAAUGUUGAAAUCCGACUUGCCGAUGUAGUAGUACGGCUCGGUUGGCUGGACGUAGUGCUGGCCCGAGUUGUCGAAGUAGUAGCUCGGGUAGUCGUUGUGCUGAUCCUUGAAGUCGUCGUCGAAGUCGUGGGUGCCGGAGAUGGACAGGCCUUAUCAUAG